UCCUCCCAGUGUGCCCGGGUUGUAGGCGAGUAAGAUACAGCGGCCAGUAAAAUCCGAGUGAAUUGAAAAGAAAGAAAAAAAAAUAGCAGAGGCCCCUGGAAAAGUCAGCGACAAGAAAUAAUAAAAAGGGAAAAAUCCGUGAAUCCUGGGGCGAAGGACAAAUUUUCCAUCGGAAGUGUAACUGAACUUGAGCAUUCGUUAAAGGGAAAAAAUUGUUCUGCGGUUGUUGGAACGCAUUAUCGGAGCCUUGCGGUGAUAUUUAUCCCAGUUGUUUCCGUUUUUUAUUAUUUCUCGGAGACGUCUGAAUGAAAAGAAAAAAUAAUUCGCGUUGAUAAUUGCAUUGGUUAGCACUGGAAAAUCGUUCGGCGGUGGAUAAUUUACAAUUGAGAUUAAUUUGUGGUGUUGAGAGUGAAAAUAUUCGUUAAUGUGAGUGAUUUGAGUUGUGAAGGUGGAUUUAUUUAGUGGGAAUAUUGAGGGGGUGACGCUGUGAUCGGGGCGAAGGGUGGAGUGAAGUUGACGUGAUUAUUUCGGAGUCAUUUUGGGACAGGCACGGCUCCGCACGGGAGCAUAUCUAGGGGUGGCAACGACCGCGCUAGAAGGUGCCGAAGAAGGUGGUGGCGCGUGGGUCGUCUGGAGGAAGAAAAAACGCAAGAGGAUUGGCUCUAUCGUCACAAUUACCACAAAAGUAUUUUCAUAAAAUACUUGUAGUGUUAUUUUUAUCACGUAAAUACAAUAACCAAGUGUUUUCAUGUCAUUGUAAACGUCGAAAAGACACCGGAAAGUGGAGAAGAAGGUGGAGAUAGAGUGUUGGACGUUGCCUGCUCCGUAUCAAUAAUCAUUACUUUCAAAUAAGACAUACGUCAUUCAAUUUAUAAUCGAACAAGUAAUUUUCAAGUUCAUUUUAAAAUUAACGUAAGAGGGAGAAUACGAGUGAUUGGAGUAAAAGGAUAAAAGCUCGUCCAAACGUUGGAGUAGAAUUAUCAAGUGAGGACGAGUUGUCACAGGUGAUUCAAUCAUGAACGAAUUGGAUAGUCUUCGUACGGAGGCGGAAACCCUCAAAAAUGCCAUUCGGGAUGCGAGGAAAGUGGCAUGUGAUACCAGCCUUGUACAGGCAACAGCGGGAAUGGAACCCAUUGGGCGGAUACAAAUGCGAACGAGACGCACAUUACGUGGGCACUUGGCAAAAAUUUAUGCGAUGCAUUGGGGUAGUGAUUCCAGAAAUUUGGUGUCAGCCUCUCAAGAUGGUAAACUCAUCGUGUGGGACAGUUACACCACAAAUAAGGUACAUGCAAUACCUUUACGAUCAUCGUGGGUAAUGACUUGUGCCUAUGCACCAUCGGGUAGUUACGUUGCUUGCGGUGGUCUCGACAACAUAUGCUCUAUCUACAGUCUCAAGACGCGAGAAGGCAAUGUACGAGUUAGCCGUGAAUUGCCAGGACACACUGGUUAUCUAUCGUGCUGUCGAUUUCUAGAUGACAAUCAGAUUGUCACAAGCUCUGGCGAUAUGUCUUGUGCUCUGUGGGAUAUCGAGACUGGCCAGCAGUGCACCUCAUUUAUCGGUCAUACCGGCGACGUUAUGUCGCUGUCAUUGGCACCAGACAUGCGCACAUUUGUCUCAGGUGCAUGUGACGCUAGCGCUAAAUUAUGGGACAUUCGUGAGGGCUCGUGCAAGCAAACUUUCCCCGGCCAUGAGAGCGAUAUCAAUGCCGUUACGUUCUUCCCCAAUGGAUGGGCAUUUGCGACGGGUUCAGACGACGCCACAUGCCGAUUGUUCGACAUACGUGCCGACCAAGAAUUGGCAAUGUACAGUCACGAUAACAUCAUCUGCGGUAUCACGAGUGUUGCAUUCAGCAAGAGUGGAAGACUCCUCUUAGCUGGAUACGAUGAUUUCAAUUGUAAUGUCUGGGAUUCCAUGAAGAGUGAACGUGCAGGAAUCCUCGCCGGACACGAUAAUCGUGUAUCAUGCCUGGGUGUGACUGAGGACGGUAUGGCAGUAGCGACAGGUUCAUGGGACUCGUUCCUCCGUAUUUGGAACUAAAUCGAUCAGUCGUUUUUCUUUUUAAAUUCUCAACCAUGAAGACGAAAAUAAUUCUCCACUUAUUUACCAUUUCUUCGUUAUUAUUUCGUACGAGUUAGUCCUCAUUGGCACGUACCUCCAAAGAACCAAAAGAAGGAGAAAAAUAACCCACAGACUCCGCUGAAAAAAAACCGCCAUUGUCCCAUCACCACAAAUUGAAACAUGAAUAAAUGACCACCACGAGUUCGUCACAAUGCCAGAAGGAGAAUAAAUAGAUGAAAUUUUACAUAAGUUAUUGUUGACUCAAAUUUUUUCCACUGAGUAGUUCAUUAAACUGUGGGGAUUCAGCGAAUGACAAUUUCUACGCGAGAAGAAAUCGCCAAAGAUGAUUGAAAUGCAACAAAAAAAAAUCAUAAAAAAAAAUCGUUUUCUAAUUGUUUUGUUUUUUAAUUAACUUUUUUUCUUUGAGAUAAUUUGUGUUCAGGACCGGUGGAACGAUUAAAAUAAAUAUUACGAGUCAAUGUUCACGUGAAAAACUGAAAUAUGUGACUUAAGAGCAAAAAUAUUUGAACGAAACAGGUGAAGAGGAAAGGAAUCUAACGCACGAUCUCGAGUGAUUUUUUUUACAUGCACACAAAUAAUUUUUAAUGAAUCCAUAUGAACGGGGAAAUUAUCACGUCAGGGGCACAAUGUUCAAGCAAUGACAAUUAUAGUGCUGAGAGGGUUAAAUAAAUGAAAAAAAAAAGUAAUCGAUUGAUCAGUAAUUUACGUCGAUUUGUUAAUUUGCCACGCUGAUAUACAAUUGUACACAAAUCAACUGAAUAAUUCGGGCGCACAUGAUAUCACAAAUAAAAGAGGAUAAAAUGAAUUACAAAAUAAGGAAAUGCAAGAGGAAAAAAUAUAUAUUCCUUGACAUUUUUUCCUCCUUUUUCAUCGAUUAUUCUGUUAUUUAUUUUGUAUAGAAAUCUCCUGUUUGCCAUAAAGAAAAUCAUCGUCAUUGGGAAGGAAGAAUAGUUUUUCUUUCGAUUCAAUUUAAUCAUACGAUAAUACCACUUAUUAUUACAUAGUGUUAGCAGAGAGAUUGAUUAUCCGAGAAUUGCACAGAUUUACAAUUUUUACUUCCCAUUGUAUAAUUUCAACGAUUAUUAAUCGGUAAUGUUUGAAAUAGGACCCAAAGACGAGUGAAGAAAUAUUGAUUUCAUCGUCGAGCCAUCAAUUUCCAUAAAAUUUUCACCAUUUUAUUUUCAAUUUUUUUUUUCUAAAUUAAGAAAAUUGAUAGGUAAAUUCUUUCCACGUUAUUGUCGAAGAAAAAACCCUAGAUGUUAACGAUGAAUUUUAAAAGAAAUGGAAACAACUGUGUAUGCAUUUAAAAAUGAUAAACAAAAAAAUCUUCAAAAACAAAAAAAAUUGUAAUAAUAUAAAUGAUAAUGAUUGUAAUUUAUAAAUAUUAAUAUUUAAUAUGUAAGUAAUCGUAAAGUGUCGAUUUUCAAGGUUUCAUUGAGUGAAAAGAUAACCGAGAUUACGAGGAAAAGUCGCAGUUAAAACCGAUGAAUAAUAAUUGAGAAAAAAAAUCAACUGCGAUUGCAAAAAAACCUUUAACAAAUCCUUACCCAUCGCGAGAAGAAGAAAAAACCAAUUAAUUACACUACGUUCACUGUGGAUAUUUGUAAUCAUUUUUUGAUAACUAUCUUCUAAACUAAAUGAUCGCUUCAACUGCAAGAGAAUAAACAAUAUGACUUCAUAUAUGUUAAUAAGAGGAAAAAAUAAUAAACGAUGAAUCGAGUGAAAAUUCAUUCAACUGAUGAAAAUUAAUUACUGAUUGCUGUUGAAGUGUUUAAUAACACGUGUGAGGCAAAUCCCUGAAUCAAGAGAGAUCUGUAACUUUUUUGUAUCUCGUAGUGACUCGUGGCCAGAGAUGAUUAAACAGAUGUGAAUGAUCCAUUUGUUUUUGUACUUUUGAAUGUAUGAAGAGUUGUUCCUUCAUUCGUAAUUACUUCUUAUCAUUUAUUUUAUUCAUUACUCUGAGGUAAUUGUAAGUAAACAAAAUCGAAAAAAAAUAAUAACGUAAUGAUAAUGGAGUAGUCGAGGAAUUUAGAAAAACACCAUUUUGAGGAUCACGAGGGGUCUUGAGGGGUGAAUAAAUCAUUAUUAUGUAUCUAGUCAUAGGCACACGCAGAAACUACGGAAAUGAGAGGGAUUAAUCGUUCAAUACAAUAUUGACAUUAACAAUGAUUUUUUAGGGUUAAUUAUAUGCUUUAAGGAUUAUUGUAAUCUUUAUUAUCAUUAUUACGAUUCUGGUGUCAUUAUUUAUCGAUUGAUUUUCGUGGAUUCUUGUCUCGGUGAAAUCAUCAUUGAGGUAGGGAUUUUUAUUAUUAUUUUCCCAAGCAGAUAUUCAUUAAAUGCAUGAACAAAGUGACAGAAAUAAAAAUAAUGUUCAAAACCCAAAA